AUGGCGAUCAAGUUUUGUGUUAAACUUGGCAAGACCGCGGCGGAAACUCUUCCAAUAAUCAAGACAGCUUUUAAAAAAUAUGCCCUGUCGGAUCGGCAAGGGUUCCGGUGGCAUAAGGUUUUUUUGGGAGGCCGGGAAGAGGUCGACGACGAAGCCCGCGCCGGACGGCCAUCGACGAGCACCACGGACGACAAUGUGACACGAGUGAAAGAACUUUUGAACACAGAUCGACGAUUGAAUGUCCGCUUACUGUCACAGUUGUUAGACACACUUAUUAGGGUUCAACGCGUCCGGCCGGACAUCGCAAAGGACUGGAAGUUGCAUCACGACAACGCACCGGCCCACAGCUCCUUCCUCGUCACCAACUACCUGGUUAAAGCAGGAAUGCCAACUAUUCCUCAGCCUCCGUACAGUCCGGACGUAGCUCCCCCCGAAUUCUUUUUGUUUCUACGCCUGAAAAGACCCAUGAAAGGAAAGCAUUUCGAGACCAUUGAGAGGAUCCAAGCAGUUUGA